AUGGCAAGCUCUGGUCUGCCACAAGCUGUUGUGCGACGCGGACGCGAUCCAGAUAUAAGUACGAAGCUCCCCAAUCCCCCAGAACAGGGAGAGAGAGAGAGAGAGCUCCGCGCUAGAGGGAUAGGACAAGAAGGAGAACGCAAGAACAAGAACAACAGGGCAAGGAAAACCUCCAAGAUGCAUCAUCACUUUCUCACUCUCACCGCUGCUGCUGGCCUCCUCGCGACGGCCUCAGCUACCAAGCUUCCCAGCGUCAAUGUGCCCGCAUGUCCUCGUGUGGGCACAAUUAGCUACAGCAAGUCAGUGCCCGACCUGACGCCCUUCCCGCCCACGCAGGUCAACCUGUGCUACACGGACAAGAGCCUCGAGCUCUCAUUCAUUGCCUACGACGAGGUCAACUACUUCUUCAACGCCUCGCAGGGCACAAACGACGACAUCUGGGAGUACGAAGUCAUGGAGGCCUUCAUCUACAAGGGCACCGAAGACCCCCAGACAUACGUCGAGCUCGAGGUCAACCCCAACAACGUCACAUACCAGGCGUUCGUUUACAACCCCUCAAAGAACCGCGCGGUCGGCGCGCCCUUCGACCACUUCUUCAUCUCGGAUCCCGCCACGGACGGCUUCAGCGCAAAGACGGUCCUCAACAAGCCCGCAAAGACCUGGAAGAGCACCGUCACCGUCCCUCUGGGCAUCUUCAACGUCGACGUCGGCAAGGCCAAGGGCACAUCUUGGAGGAUGAACUUCUUCCGAACCGUCGUCAGCCCCGAGAUUUAUCCUAACCAGACUCUUGGCGGAUGGUCGCCGCCAGACCAGGCGAGCUUCCAUAUUACAAAGUUCUUUGGUCAUGUCAAGUUUAUUUGA